GUGACAUUGUUUUUAUGUCGGGUGGAAACGAAGAGGAUCAGUUGGCACAAUGCCAGGCCUAUGUGCAACGACACAACAUUCAGCAGCUUGUCAAAGAAGCAAUUGUUGUUCUGUGCAUACACAAACCCGACAACCCGGUUCUCUUCUUGAAGGAUCAUUUUGAAAAACUCAACGAACAACGAGCACAGGAAGGAGGAAAUCCGGACGCUGCUGAUGAUGACGACAUCAUUGUGGAGCCACCAAAGAGAUCAGGUGGACGCAGAACCGGAAUCUCUGCCGAACCAAUCAAGGAGGACGAUACCGAGUACAAGAAGGUUGUGAUUCCAAAGGAUGAUGCUACAAGAAGGUCGCUUGAGUCAGCCAUGAGGAAGAACUUGCUCUUUGCUCAUUUGGAGGAGGAUGAGCAAAAAACCAUGUACGAUGCCAUGUUCCCAGUUGAGAAGUCUGCUGGAGAGACCAUCAUCGAACAGGGAGAAGAAGGAGAUAACUUCUAUGUUAUUGAUAAGGGAACCGUUGAUGUCUACGUCAAUCACGAGUACGUUCUCACCAUCAACGAGGGUGGAUCAUUUGGAGAACUUGCUUUGAUCUAUGGAACUCCACGUGCUGCAACCGUCAUUGCCAAGACCGACGUGAAAUUGUGGGCCAUCGACCGUCUCACCUACCGUCGUAUCUUGAUGGGAUCAGUAACAAAGAAGAGAAAGAUGUAUGACGAGUUCCUCUCCAAGGUUCAAAUCUUGGCCGAUCUCGACCAGUGGGAGCGCGCUAACGUGGCUGAUGCUCUUGAGAGAUGCGACUUCGAGCCAGGAACUCAUGUCGUCGAGCAAGGACAACCCGGAGACGAAUUCUUCAUCAUUCUCGAGGGAGAAGCCAAUGUGUUGCAGAAGAGAAGCGACGACGCACCAUUCGACGUUGUCGGACAUCUUGGAAUGUCGGACUAUUUCGGAGAAAUCGCUCUUCUUCUCGACCGCCCACGUGCCGCCACCGUUGUUGCCAAAACCCAUCUCAAGUGCAUCAAGCUGGAUCGUAACCGCUUCGAACGUGUCAUGGGACCAGUUCGUGAGAUCCUGAAGAGAGACGUUUCAAACUACAACUCAUACGUCAAACUGAUGACCUAAUCGGAUUACAAUCCGUUUGCCCCGCAUCUUCCUCAUCACCGUAUCUUCUUUUCCACCUUUUCGCCAAAGUACUCGUAACUAUUUUUUGAAAGUAUCCCAAAAAUUCUUCCUUAGUUUUUUUUUAGUAUUGUAUUUUUUCCUGUAUUUUUUUGGAUUUUCUAUUAUUCUGCAUACUGUCUAGACCUGUAACCUUCUUCUCUCACCAACCGUGACAUCUUCAAGCUCCCCCCCCCCAAUCAAUUCGUUCCCUAUCUUCAUUUCUAGUCAGUCGAUGUCAAAUUAAAUUCUAAAUGUCUAAAUUUCUAACUCAUAGCCAAAACAACAUUCAUUGUUUUAACCAGCCCAAAAUCCUAGUCAGAAGUUUGCAGAAAACUAUUUGAAACUCCUCGUGAAAAAGCUAAAAAAAUGUUCAACUAGAAUAGUUUUAGUUUUUAUUCCCUGUGUAACAAAAAAAACAGUUUUGCAUGUUUUCUAUUCCACCCUAAAAUUUCAACAUUUUCAGUAGCUUUACAGCUCAAUCUUUACCAACCAUUUCCUUCAAUUCCUAUAGGUUAACUCAAAGAAGAAACGAACACCAUUCUUCAUUAAUUAACAUUAAGCAGUGAAUGCCAAAUCUUGUCUUUAAUAAUAUGUAACAUAUAAUUUUAUGAGAAAUAAGAAAUGCGCAUCCACAACAAUCGUCCCCCCCCCCCCCUACCCAGCACACAUUUUUUUCUUAUUUCGUUCCACUUCUGAAUUCUGAACUCCGUCACCCUUAUCCAGCAUUGCGAAGUCUCUUAUCUACACCCCCUUCCCUCAACAUCCAACUUCUUUUUUUUUUCAUUUUUAUAUAUUUUUCACAUUCAUUGGAAAUCCGCUGUCAUGUCGCCAUCUCAAUGUUUUCUUGUCUCUUUUUUUUCAUUUCUCCACCACAUUUUCCACUAGAUUUCUGUUAUCCAAACUUUUUGUCGGUUUCCCCCGCGCACACACACACAAAAAACAGUAUGUUAUAAACUAUCUAUAAUGUAAUCUUAGAGGUUUAUUGGACUAAUAAAAUUUGGAAGUUGGU